GACACAAGACUCGUACUUGCAUUCUAGAAUCUGUAACUUAAUUCUGUCCGGUUCUGAGAGUCAUUCUUAGUGUUAGUGAGGGAUUAACCGGUUGGUUUUCAGCAUGGACGCACUGAGCGGGAUCCUUCUCCUGUGUUUGGCUGUUGGAGUUUAUGUGGUUUGUUCUCUGUAUUUGCUGCACAAUCCAUUGAUUCUUCAUAAGAGGAAACGGCUGGAGUUCUACUGCAGACACAUCUCACACAGAGGAGGAUCUGGAGAGAAGAUAGAAAACACGAUGGAAGCUUUUACACACGCCGUGUCUGUGGGCACCGAGAUGCUGGAGAUGGACUGUCACCUCACGUCGGACGGAUACGUCGUCAUUUCACACGAUAGCAACCUCCUGAGACAAACCGGAUAUGACAAAACAGUGUCGUCUCUGAGAUUCCAGGAUUUGCCUCUCUAUAAAGAGCGACUCGAAGUCACGUUUUAUGCUGGACACUACAGCACAGGAAAGGACAGAAAGUUUGUGUUGCUGGAAGAUGUCUUCAAGAACUUUCCCAACAUGCCAAUGAUACUUGAGGUCAAAGAAAACAACGACUUGCUCAUCAGAAAAGUCUCUGGUCUUGUGAAGCAGUAUCACAGAGAAAGCAUUACGGUUUGGGCUUCGGAGGAGUCUGGUGUUAUGGCGAAAUGCAAUAAGCAGAACCCGUCCAUGCCCUAUAUGUUCACCAUGAGGCGUGGAGCUCUGCUUUUAUUGCUCUUCUACACUGGGCUGCUUCCCUUCGUUCCUCUGGGUGAAAGUCUGCUGUUCUUCUACCUGCCCACGAUUAUCAACAGGACGUAUAUUCCAGAAGAAGCCAUUCUGAAGAAAAGAUUUGUGGUGUAUCUGCUACAGAAGUUGACCAUGCGAAAAUCACUGUUUGAACACUUGACCAAGAGGGGCCUGCAGGUGCAGCUGUUUGUGUGUAACGAGGAGAGCGAUAUGAAAGCUGCGUUUGACGUCGGAGCUACAGGCGUUAUGACCGACUAUCCGACCGUCCUGACCAACUACAUCAACAAACACCCUCCACCUCCACCUCCACCAGUCUAUUAGUUACUUCAAAGGGAACCGUAAACACUGUUUUGCCAAUAGAUAAGGUUACACUUCAUUUUGAUAGUCCACUUUAGACAUUUACUAACUGUAAGUAACUUUGCAACUACAUGUCAACUACCUCUCAUUAGAGUAUUAGUAGACUGUUAUGGUUAGGGGUGGUAGAAUAAGUUGAUGUGUACUUCUAAAAUGACUUAUAGUGAGUUGAGUUGGGGUCCAUCAAAAUAAAGAGUUAGCAGAUAUUACACUGACGGUCUAAUGACUAGUACUUGACGUACUUAGCAGUGUUGGGGGUAACGCACAUAAGUAAUGCGAGUUAUGCAAUCAGAUUACUUUUUUUCAAGUAACUAGUUAAGAAUGCAUUACUUUUAAAUUUACAAGAAAAUAUCUGAGUUAGUUUUUCAAAGUAGUAACCCCAGUGACUUUGAUUCCCCACGUACCGACCGACGCGUCUCGUGUCGAGAGAAAUCAGGAGUAAGUGCACAGACGGACACUUGUCCUUCAGUCUGAGGAUCAUUCAGUUCACUGUUUGUGUGAAAGUACCUUUCAAAAAAGCUGAAAUGCAGCUUUUGGCUUUUUUGUUAUCAAAAAAAUAAGUAAGCUCAGCCCAGGUGACAAAAAGUAACACAAAGGCAAUGUAACGCAUUCAUUUCCAUAAAAAGUAAGUAACGCAAUGUUACUUUUUGAUGGAGUGAUGCAUUACUUUUAAGAGUAACUUCCCUCAACACUGGUAGUUAGUUAUAGUUAGUAAAAUGUCUGAAGUGGAUGGUCAAAGUAAAAUGUUACCAUAGACAAUUAAAACUAUGUAAUAAUAUUUAAAUUAAUCUUUUGUUUCAGUGCACUUAUUGUUAU